UGACGUAUCAUUUUCAACGUGUUUUCUGCUUUCUUCAUCUUCAUUUUCCUUUCGUUUUGUUUUGAUACAAAGACGAAUUAAAUCAACGAUGGCUAAAAUAAAUAAAUCACCUGAAGAAUCCUUAAAAAAAUCAAAAAGUCCUAAAAAGAAAAACAAAUUAGAGAAAAACGAUGUUUCCAAUAACAAGAAAUCAUCUCCAACAGACCCAGAGAAGCUCCCUGCCACCAAAAAGCAAAUUAAGAAAAAACCUAAAAUAAAAUCCAAUGGCAUGAAACAAGCAGUCAGCUUGAUUGCUGCCGAUCAAAAGAAACACAAAAAACAACAACCUCUAGCAAAGGCGGACGAUGACGAUGAAAAUGAAGAUGAAUUCUUCCGAGGUCCUACCACUGAACAACUUUUAGAAAGUGAGAAGCCUGAAAAUAUCAAAGCGAUACUCACAGUUCGACAGAAGAAAAAACUCAAACACCAACAACGAUUAGAGGAACAGAAAAACAAAUGUCCCAACAAGGAGAUAGCUCGUAACCAAGAGUAUCUUUUGAAAUGGAAGAACAAUCGUGAAGAUUGGAAGUUUGAGAAGCUUCGACAAAUUGGUGUCCAAACCACAGUGUUUGAUGAUACGAAAAUUAGUGCAGAAGUUUGGCCAAUCGCAUUGGAAUAUCUAUCUGGGUCCAAAGGAGCGGCUAAGGAGAAAAUUACAAAAGCUGCCGAGGCAGUUAUUGAUGAACUAGAUAAGGAAGCAGAGAAGGCAGGUGAUGGUGGUAACUUGAUAACAUCGUCGGAAAAAUAUAGAAGGGCGCGAGAGUUGUUGCAAAGUUUUGAUUAAAAUUAUUUUUAGGUGCAAAUAUAAAAAACAAAAUAAACUGAAUAAUAUUUCAAUAUUACAUAUAUUUAA